UGCAUUGUAGCCAAUCUAAUUGACUAAUCAGAUUGGCAAUUCGAUUGGUUUUUUUUAAAUCUUGUCCUAUUCAUUAUUUUUUAUUAACGUGUAAUGUCAGGGAUUACUUUCUUAAGAUAUACCCGUAAAAAAAUAACUUGUUAAAAAAAAGUCAAGACGCUCGGCUGUUAUUAUUUACUUCUAGCCACACAUCCAUCACCAUCAGGGCGCCAUCUUCCUUCUCAUUGUUGUUGCGUCAAAUCGUAGUGAAAAAGCAUCUAAAACACAUAGGAAUUUAUAGUUUCGUAAUAUAACGUAGUGUUGUGCCACUUAUUUCGACAUUCUAAUGAUUUUAAUUAUCGUAGAAUCAUAACAACAUCGUAUAUUGUGACCGUCGUAGUGUAGCCUGGUGCUCCGCCGCCGCCCGGUGAUGACAUUUGUCUUCAUUGGAAUAUUCCGUUUCAACCGGAGCUGGACCUCUCCUCGCCGAAACAGACAAGUAUAAUAAAGUUUAUGGAAUGUGAUCGAUAUAUUGAGAAUGGACAAGACAUUUCGACACCGCAGGCAUGGGCCUGCGGGGUCAAGCGUAAGUUCGGAGACGGAGGGAUGCGGGUUGGCGGGCCUGGCGGUCGCAGCGCGGGCCCUGGGCGAGUGCUGGCUCCCGGCGCUCUUCUGGAAGGCGGCGCCAUGCUCGCUGGAGGCGUCAGCGCCUCACCUCGCCGCCGCCCUGAGCCGCGGCCCUGUCCCCGAGCGCCAUUGCCACGAGUCGUGUCAGACUCUCCCUUUAUGAACAACAUGGACGAAAUCACUUAUUGGAUCGUAACUAAACGCGCGCCGUGCUUAGCCGGCUACAACAAUCCCCUACGGCGUGUGCAACCACAGUGUUCUCGUGCUCCUCUUCACUCGGCUAGCCCUGAAGAUCAAGGAGAGCCCGAAAAGAAAAAAAAGAAACUUGUGGUCUUGCACGAUGACUCUGAUAUAUUGGACCAAACAAAUGUUCAUGUUGAGGCACCACCUCAACCCGUGUGUGAAGUGAUCAGUGAUGAAUCAGAGACACUUGUAUCUGACGUGGAUUUUAAUAUAAAAAAAACAUCAGUGCAGAUGAAGAACAAAAAAACAAAAACACAAAAGAAGAGCAGUCAUGCAGCUCUGCAUAAAAAAAAUAAGGUUGUCACAUCAACACCGAAGGUGACAUCAAAUCUUAGGAGGAGCUUGAGAAAAGUUCAGUCUUCUGUCAACAACAAUAGCCAUUUAAACAGUACCCUUGAUAUCUUUGACACAUCCAAUGGCAAUGAUCAUCCCACCGUAUCCAAGUGUCAGACAGGGAAGUUUGAGGAGAAUACAAAAUUAAUAAACAUGUCACACAGGGAACUAAAUGUUAAUACAUGUGCUGUAUCAGUCCCAAGACCAAACAAUGGGGUUAUUAAUGGUCAAUUUGAUGAUCUCAGUGAUGUUUCUGGGUUCACAGCAAACUAUAUAAAGUCUACGAAAAUAAAUUCAAAAACUCCCGGAAAAGUCAGAAGUAAGCAAAGUAGGAAUUUGGCUAAAGAAUCAAGGCAUAGUGGGCACAAGGAAGAGCGAUCUUUGAUUGUGAGUAUCAACAAAGCUACAGGCGAUCCAAAAACCAACAUUAUGAACUGCAGCACUGACUCUUCCCAGAAUAUUAUCAACCUUGUAACUGUUGAUAAAAAAUCGAGAACCAAGAAACUUGAUAAAAGUACCUCCUUACUCAAGUUUAUGGAAAGUAAAAAAGGGCAAAAACUUGUAAAUACUAAUAGUGAGAGUAGAAAUGGUGUCCUGAAUACAUCUUUUCAGUCAACAAGUACAACUGGGUCCAGGUAUCCAAAGAGACACAAAAAUAAUUCCUCCGAUGUAUUAAUGGUAGAAAUCUCUGAGAAGACCGAACCCAAGCUAAGUUCAGAUAAGAGAACUGCAACUAAUCAAUCCAGCAGACUGGAGAGUACAGAACUAGUUUCCAGAACAAGAAGUGGGAGAAGCAGGCAUUCUAAACUUACAGAGCCCACAGUGUAUGUUCGUAGUGACUUUCCUGAACAAGAAAGUACUGUGGCAACUGUUAAUGUGGCCAAUGCAGUGCCAGAUGAAGCAAAAGAUAGUUCAAAGACGAAAAGAUCAUCAUCAAAGUAUGGAGUUGCAAGAAGAUCUCUUAACAAAACUGGACAAUCUAAUAAGGACUCUUUUAGAGAAAAAAGUGGUUUUGCUGCUUGCUUCUCUGACAGUGAUGAUGAUAAACCUUUAAAACCACAGAAAUACUUGUCAUAGCUUAAUAGUUAUUUUAAUGAGUAUGGGAUUUGUAGACAUAUUUGUGGAUAUGUUAUGAAGUUAGAGUUACAACUGUAAGCACCAAAAUUAUAGGUGUAUCAAUUGGUUGUGUAAACUUUUACACAAGAAAUAUCAUCACAGUUGUAUACCUACACAUUUGAUAUGGCAGUAAGACUGCUUUCCAGAUCUCUAACGAUGAUUUCUAGAAUAGUAACUUGAUGAGCUCAUGACUGGUUUUGGUCUAUGCAUUCAUUCAUUAUCAAGUAUAGGGACCGUGCGCAUUGGAGGGUCUGCCAUCUUGUGGCCUGAAAUGGAACCAUAAACAUGUACAUUUACACGUCACGUGUUUUCUUGUGCAUAGUAGGUUCUGCCAUCUUGUGGGCUACAUCGGAACAAUAAACAUCACAUUUACGCCUCGCGCCAAAAAUCUGACAUCUCCUGUGCUGCCUCCUACAGUUCAUGCACGCUCUCUAUAUCAAUUGAUUUUGUUGCUCUUUGUAACAUGUGUAAUUUGGCAGCAGACAUCCUAUCUUUUCAUAAUGAGACAAAUAUAAAAGAGUAAUUUGUAAAGUAUAUUUGUAUAAAAGUAAAAGUGUUGACAUAUUAUGAUGGAAAUGUAAAAUGUAUGUAACUGAAAGCAUUCUAAGAUUUUUAUCAUUUGGGAACUAAAAAUAUGUUUUGCCAUGAUGGUUAUAAAGAACAAUGAUUAGUUCAGCCAAAUAUUGCAUAUACAGACAACAGUGCCAUACUCAGUAUGGUACUUAUACAUAGCUUGUAUCACCCACCUAGAUGUAGUUCGUGUUAUAUUUAUUAUUAUUAUAUAGAUCAUGUCAUAUUGGACUAUACACAAUUAAAUUUAUAAAUAUAUAAAGUGCCAUUGAACCAACAACACUACUGAGUAAUUGUCGGUCGCAUAUUUAUAAUUUAUUUAUUUAUUAUUUUAUUUUAUAUUACAUUUAUUUCAAUUCUAAUUUAAAAUUUUAUACUGUAGUAAGUUAUUCAAUUAUUCGAAAAUUUUGGACAAACCGUUGGAUGAAAACUUAGUACAUUAUACUUUGCCAUUAUUGUAUUCAAUUAACUCAUGAAUGCUGUACAAUGAUGUAAUAUGAGACCGACUUCUCAGUACCUUGUUUCCAUGACUAAUUAUAUUACUUUCAAUUAAGUUUAUUUUUAAAUAACAGUACUGUUUCUGUUUUUUUUUUAAAGUCUUGUGUAAUAUAUUUGUAGCAUUUAUGCAUUUAAAUUAAUAGUAAAAUUCUAUUAAUUAA